AUCUCCAUGGAGUUCAGGAACCUGUCCAAGGUCUACCGGGAUGUGAUUUCAGAUAUCUGCCACAAGAUGGGCGUUGGCAUGGCGGAAUUCUUGGAGAAGAAGGUGGACUCUCAGCAUGAGUGGGAUAAGUAUUGUCACUACGUUGCCGGGCUGGUGGGGAUUGGCCUUUCCCGUCUUUUCUCUGCAUCAGAGCUAGAAGAUCCUAUCGUCGGGCAGGACACGAAGCUGGCCAACUCCAUGGGCCUCUUCUUGCAGAAAACCAACAUCAUCCGGGACUAUCUGGAGGACCAGCUGGAGGGAAGAGAGUUCUGGCCCAGAGAGGUUUGGAGCAGGUAUGCAAAGAAGCUCUCGGAUCUUGCCAAACCAGAGAACAUCGAUAUGGCUGUCCAGUGUCUGAACGAGCUCAUCACCAACGCCCUCCACCAUGUCCCUGAUGUCCUCACAUACUUAUCCCGCCUGAAAAACCAAAGUGUCUUCAACUUCUGUGCUAUCCCCCAGGUGAUGGCUAUUGCCACAUUGGCUGCCUGCUAUAACAACAAGCAGGUGUUCAGGGGUGUCGUGAAGAUCCGGAAGGGACAAGCCGUCACUCUAAUGAUGGAUGCUACAAGCAUACAAGCUGUCAAAGCCAUCAUGUACCAGUACGUGGAAGAG